AUGGUUAAGUUAACUCAAGUCGAAGACGAAUUUCAAACAAACUACUCGGACGGAACCACCACUGUUGAAAAAGUCGAAGUGGACACAUUUGCUGAUUCAGACAGUGAAUUUGAAGAUGAAUAUGAUGACGAAGAUGAUGAUUUUGAUAUUGCCAAUGAAACCAUUUACGAUAGAAUCGUUGCUUUAAAAGAUAUAAUUUCACCACAACAUAGGGAUCAACUUUGUAACAUAUCAUCAACUUUAAACAGUUUUGUUUCACUGGGAUUAAACAAUGGUGGUAAAUUGUUGUGGACCUUGACUUCAAGUUCAUUAUUGUUGGGUGUUCCUUUGGCGUUGGCUAUUUUGUCAGAAACCCAAUUACAAGAAAUGGAAAGCAACAUCAGUUUGCAACAAUCGGCACAAGAUGUGUUGGCUCCAGGAAGUGAAGAGGCUUUUGGUAAAAAGAAGGAACUUGCUUAG